AUGGAGAAAAGCAGGCUGCAACUGUUGUACGCCUCGCAACCGUAUUGGAGUUUCGGUAAUAUUGGCAGCGGGGAAAACAUGUUUGCUGUGUUUUGCUGGCAAAACGAUGGUAACGUGUCUCUGGAUCUGCGAGCCAACUUCUCACAGAUUGAAACGAAGCAUGAUGACUUGGGCUUAGUGUUUUCCUGGUCAUGUUCCAGUCGAGGUUUAAGAGACCAAGUGAUGGAGUUGCCAAUAGAUGGGUCACAACUCACGGCCUCCACUUUCAUAAAGCUGAAACCGGACGGGGAUGUCGUCUUGUACUCCUGGAAUUGGACGGGUACAAACUGGAUAGAUUUCUUCAGGUUUUCGACUCUCUUCAAGUGCUUUCUUCCAAGUGGAUGUGGAAGAUACAGAACCUGCAAUUCAGCAUCAGGCGCAUGCGAGGAAACUUGUCCAGAUACCUUUGCAAGAAGAGGUGAAGACUGCCAGCCACCAUAUCCACUAGAGACAUGCGAAGACCAGCUCGAGUAUCGAUUCGUUCGAAGAGAGGGAGCUGAUUACUUCUCCACAAAUUAUUCCACUCCAGUUCCUGAAGCAUCAGUGGAGGCGUGUCAGGGGCGACGUGAGUCGAACUGCACCUGCACGGCGGCCUUUUAUAAUGACGGGAGCUGCUUUCUCACGCACGGCGACGUGCAGUCACUCCGAUCUGGGAAGUACGUUGCUCUGCUGAAAGUUGCCCGCCCUCGAAAGGUUUCCAAGACGCAACUCCAGGCCAUCACAUUGGGAGUACUUGUUCCAACAUUGUUCCUGCUGAUAGUCUGUCUCGGAUGGCACUGCCGGAGGAGAAAUAAGCAUGAUGACGACGAGGGAGAAGAAGAAAGCACCUUGCAGCUAUCCCUCAUGGCGGGUAUCCCCAGGCGCUUCAGUUUCCAGGAGCUUGAAGAAGUCACAGGGAAGUUCAGCAACUGCCUCGGGAAUGGAGGAUUCGGAAACGUUUUCAAAGGAUUACUUGCCGAUGGCACUGAAGUUGCUGUGAAGAAGCUCGAAGGCUCGAACCAGAAAAGUAAGGACUUUUUUGCGGAAGUUGGAAUUCUAGCCAGGACGCACCACUGGAACCUCGUCAAGCUGCUGGGAUUCUGUGCGCAAGGGCCCAGGAAAAGGCUCCUUGUGUACGAGUAUAUGAAGAAUGGCUCCCUAGAGCGGUGGAUAUUUGAAGACGACAGAAUUCCUGGGAAUAUUUCGUGGAAACUUAGAUUCAACAUCGCAAUAGGCACAGCGAGAGGAUUGAACUACUUACACGAUGACUGUGUUGAAAGGAUAAUCCACCUGGAUCUGAAGCCGGAGAACGUACUCCUCGACGAUGGUUUCCAGCCGAAGAUAGCAGACUUCGGAUUGUCCAAGCUCAUGGACAGGAAGGAAAGCCAGUUGCAGCUGACGAUUACGAGAGGCACCCCUGGCUACGUUGCACCGGAGUGUAUUCAGGAAGGAACGGUGACUGAAAAAACAGAUGUUUUCGGCUUCGGGGUUCUGCUGCUCGAGAUCAUAACAGGCUGCAAGAACAGGAACCUCUCAGGCGACUACCUGAAGGACUACUUGUUGGUUAGUAACAGAAACGGUAGUGCCGCUGCUCACCUCUCUGAAGAAGAGAACGAAAAGGAAAGAUUGAAGAAUGUUGCGGCGUUGUGUGUUCGAGACGAUCCAAACUUACGGCCCUCGAUAAGCAAGGUUAUACAGAUGAUGGAAGGAGUUACCGAGCUGCUUGAAGUACCUUUGGAAUCGGAGCUGAAUUUCUUUUUCGCUUACAGACCCAAAGAUCAGCUUAGCAGAACCGCAGCCUCGAACGUGACUUAUAGGAGUUCUGAUAAGUUGCUGAACUCAUCUUCCUCGUUUAAUGCCUUCUCACAAUCUAGCCUGAAUGCCCGAUGA